UACCAUGUAAAAUGGAACAGAGGGCGUAGUGAUCUAUGCUCACAAACUAUUACUGGUGUGAUAUCUUUUAUACAGUUCUUCUCCUUCUUUUACAAGACGCUCCGACCGUUAUUGUUGUCUCUGUUUCUUGUCUGUGCAGUACUUAAUUCUUCUCUCUCUCUUUUGCCCUUAUUGCAGUGUUCCAACGGUCACACACUGUGUUCUGGUUGCAAACCUAGGGUGCAUAAUCGCUGUCCAACAUGUCGGCAUGAGCUUGGAAUCAUUCCUUACUACAGCAAGCUGAAGCACGAAUCUGAAUGCUCUUUCAGACCCUAUAAUUGCCCCUAUGCUGGCUCAGAGUGCACCGUCAUUGGCGACAUCCCAUAUUUAGUUGCCCAUUUGAAAGAUGAUCACAAAGUUGAUAUGCAUGUCGGCAGUACUUUCAAUCAUCGUUAUGUAAAAGCAAAUCCCCAUGAAGUGGAAAAUGCUACAUGGAUGCUUACUGUUUUCAGUUGCUUUGGUCAGUACUUCUGUUUACACUUUGAAGCAUUUCAACUUGGAAUGGCACCGGUCUAUAUUGCAUUUUUACGGUUCAUGGGUGAUGAUGAAACGGCAAAGAACUUUAGCUACAGUCUUGAAGUUGGAGGCAACGGAAGGAAGAUGAUUUGGCAAGGGGUACCAAGAAGCGUUAGGGAUAGUCACCGUAAGGUUAGAGACAGUUUUGAUGGCCUCAUCAUUCAACGUAAUAUGGCGCUCUUCUUUUCUGGUGGAGACCGGAAAGAAUUGAAGCUUAGAGUUACUGGUAGGAUAUGGAAAGAACAAUGAUGUCGCAGGAGACUUCUUAGUACUCUUUUUUGAUCUAAGAGACUUCUUAGUACUCUUUCAAUCCAAGGAUUAGGUUUUAUUCAUCUAGCAAUCCAUUGAAGUCUUCUGAUCAAUGUAUUUUUCUUGAACAAGGAGCAACCUCUCUUUGCUUUUCCUUGAUAAAAAUACAUUAGUGAGAAGUCCUAGUAAUUUUGAUUUUUGAGGAAUGCAUCUUGCUCUAGGUGGUAUUGCUGACUAAAGUGUGCUACAGUGAAAGAUGUCAAUCCAUGAAAUUCUUUUUGUUGAAAUAUCCAUUGCAGAAU